AUGGGUGUGUUUAAUUUAGUGUUUCAUCAUGGGGGAAGUUUCGUGCAAGACGGCCAUACGUAUUAUAGAGGAGGUAGUGAGACUACUGUUGAAGGUCAGGACGAAGAUAAAUGGAGCUUUUUUGAAGCUGUUAGUCUGGUUAAAGAUUGGGGUUAUGAAGGUUUUAGGCUAUGGAGAAAGAUUCUGCAAACGGAUGAAGGGUUUACAAAUAUUGUUGAUGAUGCAGGAGCUGUAGAAGUUGCUAAGCAUUGUAUGUCUUGUAGGGUUCACGACGAUCUUUGGGUAGAGCACGGUGUAGAAGACGUGAUGACCAAGGUUCUGGUACCUAAUGUUGAUGACUUCAGCACCUCUAGUGGAGAUGAUAGUACUGGUGACUAUGUUGAUGCAAGCCAAUGUUUCAAUGACAGUGAAGAGGAAAGAGUAAUUGACGUAGAAGAAGAGCAAUUUGAACAAGUGGAGGUAGCUGUUCCAGUUAGUGGGAAUAGGGUGGAGAUCGAAGGGAAAUCAUUUAGAUUCAAGCGUUGUGCAUCCAAGGAUCCCAAAAAGAUGAAAGAAAAGAGCAAAAGGGACAAGGUCAGUGUUUUGGUGCCCAAAAGUGUCUUAGGAUCUUGUUCAAAGAGGGCUACAAGGAAAUGUGAAGAUGUGGAUUAUGCUAGUGAGGAACUUGAAAGUUCAGAUGCUGAUGAAAGUGACAUGGAUGACAAACCUUCCAAGCCAAAGUAUGAGAAGUUCAGAUCAGAGCUGCUUAACAAAGACUUUCAAUUCAAAUUAGGUAUGGAGUUUAUUUCUCUUUCUGAAUUUAAAGAUGCUAUCAGGGAUUGGUCAGUAUUAAAUGGUAGAGAAAUAAGCAAAGUGGGAGGUAGCCUCACUUACCAGAUAAAGACUUGGGUGGGGACCCACACAUGUGCAAGGGUAUUAAAUAACAAGUCUGCCAAUUCCAAGUGGGUCUCUAAGUUAGUGGUUGAAAAGAGGAAGUCACAAGGGAAAGUUAAACUGUCUGAAAUUAUGUCUGAGCUUAGACAGAAAUAUUCAGUGGGCAUUACCAAAGGGAAAGCUUGGAGAGCCAAAGCUAUGGCUGAAGAAAUAAUUGAAGGUGAUGCAAAGGAACAAUAUAACAUGUUAUGGAGAUAUGCAGCUGAGUUGAGAAAACAUUAUGCUGGGAACACUGUCAAACUAAAUACUAAGAGACCACAUCCAACACUAGCACUAAGAUUUGGUAGAUUUUACUUCUGUUUUGAUGGAUGCAAGAAAGGGUUUACCAAGGGUUGUAGACCAUUUAUAGGGGUAGAUGGAUGUCAUCUUAAGACACAAUAUGGAGGUCAGUUGUUAAUUGUUGUAGCAAGGGACCCGAAUGACCAAUAUUAUCCUUUGGCAUUUGGUGUGGUAGAGACUGAGACAAAAGAAAGCUGGAGAUGGUUUAUGCAAUUGCUAAUGGAAGACAUUGGAGAAGAGAGAAAGUAUGUUUUUAUUUCAGACCAACAAAAGGGACUUGUUAGUGUCUUUGAGGAAAUGCAUCAGCAAGUUGAACACAGGGUCUGCCUCAGACACCUGUAUGCAAAUUUCAAGAAGAAAUUUGGAGGGGGAGCUGCCAUUAGAGACCUGUUAUUGGGGGCUGCAAAGGCUACUUACUUCCAGGCUUGGGAGAAGAAGAUGAAUCAGCUUAAACAAAUUGAUAAGAAGGCAUGGGAAUGGCUGAUGGGAGUGCCAACAAAACUAUGGUGUAAGCAUUCAUUUUCAUUUUACCCUAAGUGUGAUGUUUUCAUGAAUAACUUGAGUGAAUCUUUCAAUAGUACAAUAUUACAAGCUAGGGAUAAGCCAAUACUCACUAUGGUAGAAUGGAUUAGGAACUGCGUGAUGAAUAGGAUUGCUAAUAGUGUUGUUAAGCUUGAUAAGUGGAAGCAUAAUGUCAUGCCUAAUCCUAGGAAAAGGCUUGAUAAGGAAACAUAUCUUAGUGGAGAAUGGCUGCCUACAUGGAGCAGUGGUGAUUUGUGGCAAGUCCAUAACCCAUAUAAUGGAUUGCAGUUUGUUGUUGAUAUUGGGAAAAAAACCUGUACUUGUUGUUUUUGGGAUCUUGUGGGCAUACCUUGUAGGCAUGUUGUUUCUGCAUUACAGUAUCAAAACUUAGAUCCUGAGAAAUAUGUUGACCCUUGUUACAUGAGAGAAGCUUACAGGGCAUGUUAUGAAAACAAUGUUAGUCCAAUAAAUGGCAUGGACAUGUGGCCAACUGUGGAUGCUGAAGAAUUGUUGCCACCACAAUACAAGAAGGGACCUGGAAGGCCUAAGAAACUGAGGUUUAGAGAGUUGGAUGAGAAUGGUUCAAGGAUGAGGAGGGUAGGUGUAUCAUAUAGAUGCACGCAUUGUGACAAAUUUGGCCAUAAUUCUAGGAAGUGUCAAGCUAAGGAGCAAGAUCCUAAUGCACUAAAGAGAAAGAGAAAGACACCCAGGACCAAAGUGUCAAAAAAAUCUGAUGGGACUGUGGAUGAAGGCCCAGAGAUGGAUGCAAAUGUUGAUACAACUGCAACUGGAGGUGGAACUGUGGAUGAAGACCCAGAGAUGGAUGCAAAUGUUGAUACAACUGCAACUGGAGGUGGAACUGUGGAUGAAGACCCAGAGAUGGAUGCAAAUGUUGAUACAACUGCAACUGGAGGUGGAAUUGUGGAUGAAGACCCAGAGAUGGAUGCAAAUGUUGAUACAACUGCAAUUGGAGGUGGAACUGUGGAUAAAGGCCCAGAGAUGGAUGCAAAUGUUGAUACAACUAAAACUGGAGGUGGAACUGUGGAUGAAGGCCCAGAGAUGGAUGCAUUGCUGAAUAAUAUGAUGGAUCUUUAUGAAGAGCAACCAUCACAAGUUGACAAUCCCACACAACCUAUUGCUAUGCAACCUCCCCCAACACAUAAAUCACAACCUACUGCAAUGCAACCUCCCCCAACACAUGAUUCACAACCUUCUGCGAUGCAACCUGACCCUGCUGCUACUAAUGUCAAAAAACCUUCAGCUAGGAAAAAGGCCGUGGCCGUGCCUUGGAAGCGAUCAAGAAAGAGAGUCAGUGAAAGAUUGAAGGAAGUGAGGAAUGCCAAAAGACAUGGUGGGCCUGGAUCAACACCUGAUGCACCUUUGACCAUAGGUGAAGAAACUGGUGGUAGUACCUCAAAGAAGAUAUCAAGGAAGAAGAGGAAGGGCAUUGAUCAGUAG